CCAUUCGCACGCCGCCUCGUGCCCUCCAUCUCCCCUCCCCCCUACCUCCUCCCAGAUCUCGUCGCGCUCGCCAUUCCCCCCUCCGCUACGCGCCGAGCGCCCCCCCGUCCAGAUCAGGCGCCGCCGCCGCCGCCGCACCGCGCCUCGUCGUGGGCGCCCUCGCCCCGCUCCCUCCCCGUGGUGGACUGCCGCGGGGUGGAGAGGAGAUCCGCCGCGGCUGGCUGGCUCUGGAUUGGUCGGCUGGCUGGUUGGUCGAGUGAUUCGUUCGUUUGUUGAUUGUUCGAGGCGCUAGGACCGCCCCCUGGCGCGGAGGCCGCACAGGAUCGGCGGCGCCGGCGGCGAGAUGAAGGGCGCGGUCAUCCCCGCGGUCGCGAUCAUGCCCUCGCCGCUCUUCCUCUGGCGGUUUAAGGCCAUAUUGUUUCUCCUAUGGGGCUUAUGUUGUUGCAAGAUAGGUUGGGACUCAGUUAUGAGGAUGAGUGCUGAUCUGCGAGACUUAUUCCUUUAUGAGGCUUUCUUGUACUAUAAUCCUCUUCUUCUUGUGGCUUUGAUGAUUUGGUUAUGGGGAGUAAAUUUAUGGGUCUUUGCGCAAUCAUCUGUCAACUAUGCUAAAGUUUUUGAUCUUGCACAGACACAUUUAUCUCACCGAGAGAUAUGGAGGUGUGCUACUUGGCUGACUUUAAUUGUCCCCACAAGCAUGACAGCUUACCUAUAUCUGUACUCACAUGGAGAAGUGUCUCUUGCAGCAUCUCAACCAGUUCUCUUGUAUGCUAUCCUUCUGAUGAUCCUUUUUUCCCCUUUUGAUAUGUUUUACAUAUCAUCAAGAUUUUACUUUCUGAGGACAGUGUGGCGUAUAAUACUGCCUUUACAAGCAAUUACAUUCCCUGACUUCUUUUUGGCUGAUAUUUUUACAUCCAUGUCAAAGGUGUUCUCAGAUCUGGAGCGUUCAGUUUGUCGCAUGGUGAAUCGCCAGGUUGCGACUAUUGCUUGGUUUGAAGCAGAUUCUAUUUGUGGCAGUCACUCCAUUGCUAUUCCUCUUGCUCUCGUAUUCCCCUACUUGUGCCGUUUCUUUCAAUGUCUCCGACAGUACAAGGAUACCAAGGAGAAAACAUGUCUUUUGAACGCCCUCAAGUACUCAACAGCAGUUCCAGUGAUUUUUCUUUCGGCUCUCAAGUAUCAUGUAUUUCCUGAGCAGUGGGUUAGCUUUUACCGACCCCUCUGGCUUAUAUCUAGUGUUAUAAACUCGCUGUAUUCCUUCUACUGGGAUAUAAAGCGAGAUUGGGAUUUGAGCAUCCUAACCAGGAUUUUCAUGUUCAAAAACCCAAGCAUAUGGACUAAUCUUCUUUAUGGGCAGAACUGGGUGUUCUACUGGGUACUAGGUAGCAAUUUGGUUCUGCGAUGUACAUGGACAUACAAGCUCUCGGCACAUCUUCGACACAACUACCUGACGGUGUUCACCAUAGCUGCACUGGAAAUACUGAGACGGUGGCAGUGGGUGUUUUUCCGAGUUGAGAACGAGUGGAACAAGAUGACAGCCAAGCAAAACCUGGAGAUGUCAUCCGACAUGCCCUCGGAAGGAGACAGGCUACUGGAGUCUAGUAAUAACCAUACAGUAUGAAUUGGAUUCUAGCCAUAUUCUACGAUACAGAUUCAUCAUCAUUCUUUUAGUGUGACCAUUAUAGCCAAAUUUUACGUCGACGGUUCAGAUUUUGUCUGUAGAGCACAAAAGGUCAGGGAUACAUGAUAGGUUUCUAUAAAAGGUUGAAAUUGUUGGUCAAACGAAUGACUGUAAUCCUCUUGGGAAUGUAUACUGUUGUAACCCUCUUGAAUCCAACAGGAGGUAUUUGUUGACACAUGAAAGAAUAAUAGUAAUGUCGAAAUUUUUACGAACUUA